CAAAGAGGAGAGAGAAUCUGAAAGUGAAUACUAUCUAAUGAUUAUCUUCACAUCCCAUUACAGAUCAGGAGAAAGGCAGAGAAACACCCAGCCUCCAUCAUGAGCAGAAAGAGGAGAAGAAGUUGUAAGGGAAGGAAAAGUUCAGAUACCCAAGAAAACGAACAUUUGCCAAACUUCUGCAGAUGCCAGCAAAAUGGAGAUGUUGAAAACAGAGCAGGCGAGGAUCCAUCAAAAUCUACUAUGGAUGAAGCCAUGGACAUUGAAGAACCUGAUAAAAACAGAAAUUCUUGUAAAUUAAAGUGUGUGAAAAUAGAUGACAGAGACCGCUUUGAAAAUGAAGAACAAGAUAAUACAUGUGACAGUGCAAAAGAAGGAAAACAAGAAAAAGAGUGUCCUUUGGGUUUUCCUGGUGAGCAGGAUGUCUUAGCAAUAGUCAACACUGAUAAAUCAAGAACCACAUCAAAUGGAAAAGCUACCAUGGAACACAUUUCAGAAACUGUACACUGUCAUCAGUCAGAGAAUGUAUUUGCUGCAGAAGUGAAAUGUGGUUCCUUCAAUGUGAAAGUAGAAGUGAACAAAAAUUCAUUGUUUAAUACUGGAGCAGGAUAUAUGGCUGAAAAAUGGAAAAGCCAUAAGAAAAGAAGGUAUCAUAAGAAGCAAUGUUGUAAGUUGCAGAAGGCCUGUAAUCCUACUACUGCUUUUUCUGGAAAACAUGAUUUACCAUCAAAAUUCACGAUCCAAGUUGGCAGUGACCAAAAUCCUUCAGUGAAAGUAUCUAUUGGUGGGAAGGAAAUAAAGGUAAAAUAUAUCAAUAGGAAGCAGAAAUUAACAGUCAGUAUUGAACCUGGUGAUGAAAAAAAGAAAUGUAGUCAAGCUUGCAGCUCAAAUUAUAUAAAUGAAUUUGCUCGGGAUACUGAUUAUUCGGCAACAGAGGCAUCAUACAAUUCAGAUUUUGAAUCAGACUUCAGUUUUCAAGAUAAAGAAGAAUCAUUCACAAGUUACAUAUGCCCAGAGUGGUAUACACUUAUUCCUCCACCAGAUGAGUUUGCUGACUCUGAGGAGACUACCACAACUGAGGAUGUUUCCUUAAGUCUGGCAGAUGAUAAGAACGUAUCUGAUACAGUCUCAGUUGCCUUAAAUAAUGAUGGCAGAAGUGAUUUGAGUCAGAAGAAAGAUGGUGAAAUGAUGGGGUGUGCCAACGCAAAAGAUUUCUGUAAGGACAUGUGUUUUUCAGAAUUUAGUUAUACUGGGGAACCUCCUCAAGAAGAUUACAGUUCCAGAGAAACCCAUUUUGGAAAUAAACCUAAUCGAAUGAGUGAUAUGCACCAAAUAAGGAACACUAGCCUGACUGAUACAAGGAAUAUUAUGGUGGUCUCACAUAUGGAAGCAAGCACCUCAAGAAGAUACUCUUUCCCAGCCACUUCUGUUGAUAUAUUGUCAUCAUUCUCUCCUCGAAGAGAUUCAGGGUUUUAUUCAAUGCCAUCUUUAUCCUUAAAAGUCCUACCUAAGCCAGGCAAAACAUCAAGUACUUGCACUAAGAGCCACCAUGCAACUAUCAGCAGUGCAGAGCUCUCAUCCAGUUUCACAUCAUUGCUCAGUAAUCUCAGAGAUCUUAAAUCUUCAUGCUCCUAUGCCUUCACCUCUUAUGACUAUGACAUGACUGUAUACCAUGCUGAGCUGGAAGGAAAACUAAGCAGUGCUUUUUUCAUGGAUCAUUGUUUUGAAUUUAUGGAGGACUGUAGAGAAGUUGACCAAAUGGCUGUGGAAGAUUUUCAAUCCCUUGCUAAUUUCAGUAGAGAACAAAAGGAGAAACGUAGAUCAAGUGAACCUCUCAUACGAUUAGAUAUGUUUGAGGAAUAUACUGGGCUUGCCAAAGGUGGGUUUGGUAGUGAGGUUCAAAGGGGCAAUCACCAUGAAGUUCAAACCUAUGGUGAAUUAGAAAACAAAGCUCCAGUAUAUCAAUGUGGCUUGAUUUCUAGGCACCCAUCAAGUUCAAGUACAGAUCAGAGUAACAUUUUUACUAAAGUUCCUACAGAUGGCAUUCAAAGUGAACACACAUUUCUACAACCUGAUGGAAAAACUCAGCAAAACCCUAAAGAAUCUGAAGGGAUAGCAAAGAAACGUCGAGGAUCAGUUAUGACUGUAAUAACUGGAGAACUAGAACGGAAACUCAUUAUUCGAGCUGACAAUAAGACUAUUGCAGAUUCUUUAGACGUAACAAUGAAAAAAGAGUCCAUACGGCCCUGCAGCAUAAGGGAAACUUUUAUGUCACCUCUAUUGGAUGUUGAGGAACCAGAACUCGAUAAUGACUUCCAGAGCUUUACUACAGUGCAGGAAAUGUCUGAAAUCAUCCACACACAUUCUAUAUAUGAAGAUAUUUCUGCUCAGGCCACUUCAGUUUCUAACAAUGUAGAAGAUGAGCAACAUUUGGUUGGUACGUUCCUCACAGAAGCACCAGAAAUGGAGUCCAGCAGCCAAGAUGUAUCGCUAUCCAAUCAUUGUAAAGCACAUUUAGUAGAAGAUGAAAUGCCAGAGUUGCUCAAGCUCAGCUGUGAAAAUCUUGAAAUGCAAAGAGAAAUAAAGGUGGAUGUACACCAGAAUCCAGUCACAUUAUCGCCCAAAAUCCAGGUCCAACAUGCAGGAACAGCAUUAGAAAACACAAACAUAACCUUGUCCAGUGAGCAAGUAUCAAGAGAUGAAAGCAUUAGUGAAUGCAUUCAGGAAGAACCCAUCGAUCGCUGGGCCUUACGAAGGAAACAAUUCAAAAACAGCAAAAGGGGGAGUUCAGCUGGAGCAAGUUCCAUAACCAGCACUCUCACAGAAGGAUCAAUAAACUCAGAAGAUGGUCGUUCGCUGGAUCUAAGUCUACGUAGUGAAAGUGAAGAGAGAGGUUUCUAUACCGAGAUCUUCCAUUCAACUUCUUGGGUAUUCAGAGGGGAUGAUGCCAGUCCAGAUAAUAGCCCCAGGUGUCUAAGCAAAAGGCCUAGGCCAGUAGCUGUUCGUGAAAGAACUGUGAGGAUUGCAAAAGGAACUGGGGAUUACCCCUGGGGAUUCCGAAUCCAGUUUUCAAAGCCAAUCUUGGUGACAGAAGUGGACACCAACAGUGCAGCAGAAGAAGCUGGUCUCCUGAUUGGAGAUAUUGUGAUGGCUGUCAACGGCACAGAUGUCACCAGUAUGCCACACUCGGAAGCUGCAACUCUGGCAAGAAAAGGUCCGGAUAUCUUGACCUUGUUGGUUGGCUCUGAUAUCAGUCGUUGCCCCAAUACCCCUCGUCCAACAUGUCGGGGAUAUCUACAUAAAAGGACGCAGUCAGGUUUCCUGAAGGGCUGGAGGAAGAGAUGGUUUGUGCUAAAGCAUGAUGGUUGCCUUUACUACUAUAAACACAAAAAGGAUGAAGGGAAGAGUAGACCCUUAGAAGUGACCAAGUUAGAAGGGGCUGAAAUUGGCAUGGACAGCAGCCUUGGCAAACCUUUUGUAUUUAAGUGUAUUCCUCAAACGGGAAACAGGACUUUCUAUUUCUGUGCCACAUCAAACCAAGAGAUGAAGAGAUGGCUAGAGGCAAUGGAGAAAGCUGUGCAUCCUGUUCAUCAGAACCAUGUAUGGGUAGAUGUGACCAUGCACAACACGAGCCUUCCACCACUUGCUAUCAAAAACCCUGAAUGCCUGGGACUUCUUCAUCAACUGGACAAAAACAAGGACAUGUGGGUUCAACACUACUGCAUCUUGAAAGAUGGCUGUUUAUACUUUUAUGCCAGCAUACGCUCUACACAUGCCCUUGGUGGGAUAUACUUGCAGGGAUACACUGUGAGUGAGCAGGCCCUUGGCUCCAGGAGAUCUGUGAUUGAAGUGAAAGCACCUUCUGAGGAGUUUAAAACUUUCUAUUUGUGUGCUGAAAGUGUGAAUGAAAACAAACGGUGGAUUAAUUCACUGAAAGCUUCUGUCAGUAAGUGGCUUCCAUUAAACCAGGCCAUUCAAGACUUCAUGAACCGGCCAUUGGAGGAGACCAGGAUGUGAUGGCAGUCUAGCCUCUUGUGUACUAUUUCAGAAAGAGGAAGCUGGUACAAGCGAAUGUCUUUAUUGAAAAAUAAUAUAGUAACAUUUGACAAUGGUGUGGGCUACAACUCUCAUGAGUUACACAUUACACAAUUUUGUAAACAUUAGUAAAUAAACAAAAAGUCAUGCACUUGAA